AUUCUUCUUCACCAUCUUUUUUAGUACGGUGAUGUAUAUAAAUAAAGUAGCACCGCAUCGACCGUGAUAGAUAGAAACUUCUAAAGACUUAAACUUUGAAUAGUUGAAGGUCAAUACAAAAGGGAUACGCAAGGAAAAUGGAAGACGACAACUCUUCCUCAUCACUGAACGAAGCGCUGUUAGUAGCAACUAUGUGCAUCAUCGGAUUGCAAGUUCAUGUUCACGUCAGGGACGGUUCAGUGUUUUCUGGGAUACUCUACACAGCUUCCCUCGACAACGGCUUUGGCAUUGUUUUGAAGGAUGCACAAAUCGUUAAGAAGGGGAAGAGUAAAGUGAAUGUAGCAAGCGGGAGUGUGGUCGAGACACUUGUUAUUCUGUCUUCCAAUAUUGUUCAAAUGGGAGUCUCGCGUCCAUCAAAUGUUACAGGCAAUAACGAGGGUGAAAUUGUAGGAUCAGCCACAAAAUCUUUACCUUCUGAACCUCGUCUUUGUGCUGCUAAUAAAUCCACAAAAUUUUGCAUUGAAGGAAAGGGCAUUAAUCACAGAAGACAAGCAGGAGCCAAGAUUUUGAAGCGUAGUGAACAACUUCCUGAUGUUCACCAGGAGGAUAAUGUUGAUAUCCAAAGCUCAAUGGAUUCCGAACGAGUUAAACCAAUAGAAGAAGAUAAGUUAAUGCUGGAACCUUCUAGUAACGGUUUCCACGAUGCUGCUGAAAGGCCCUCUUCAACUGACAAUUCAUCGUCAAGUACAACUGCUGAUGAAACCUCAGAGUUGUGUCAGAGUUUAGUGGCAGCUUCAUGUGCAUCAGUACCUAUCCAGGACGUUAAUAAGUCUAAGGAAUUCAAGCUGAAUCCAGAGGCAAAGAUUUUUUCUCCAUCUUAUACAAAACGUCUUUCACCGGCUCCUGCUGGUAUGUCUGGUGUUGGAAAUAUUGCGUAUACACCAAGAAACACUCCCAUGAUACCAUUUCCUGAAGCUCUUUACCCAGAGGUUGGAAGCGACCCUUAUAUCCCCCAAGCAUCUCCACCUUCCAAGUUUGUGCCAUAUGGUAGUAAUUUGACUGCUGGAAAUGCUGUCGGUGGAUUUCACUAUCUUCAACAUAUGAUUGCGCCUACCGUUAUCAGAGCACAGCCUCAUAGAUUCACCUCUCAGUACCAAUCUGUUCAAGCGUCACCAAUGUUUGUAAAUCCAAAUCCUCAGGUGAUGGUCACGAGAUCGGGGCAGCUUGUAUAUAUCCAACCAGUUUCUCAGGAUCUGGUUCAAGGAACACCGCCUCUUCCAGUCCCACCUAUGCUCUCCCGUCCUCUACCAACCGCACAACAUGUCCAAUACCUGAAGCAUCAAGGUGUAGUUGCAGCUGGCCAGCCGCUGCAGCUAUGCGUUUCCCAACCGCUCACGGCCAGUGGACUGCAACCUUAUGGCGUUCCCACCCAAUUUCCGGUUAUGCAGCCUCCUUUGCCCACGAAUCAGCCAAUGCCAGUUGCAGUGCCCAAUGAACGAAAGCUGCCAAUUUCCCUCAAGGGUCUCGACUUGAAUACGGAUCCUGGACCAAAGAACAAGAUUCAUGCUUCAGCUUAUCUAUCUUCCUCACGUGUUAUGCCUAAGAAUGGAUUAGCGGUGGUGAUGAUUACGGAGCCGGAUUCUGACAUGUUUCUGUUGGUUUUGCUUCUAAACACAGGGAUUCCUGCGUUGAAAUCAGGACCACCAUCUCUAGUCAGCUUGUGUCUUGGGGUUGUUGGGAGGCAUUUGGAAGAAAUCAUUCCUUGUUUAGCUGACAUCUCUGUCAUAUUUCCUGCAGACAUCAAGCUGUCUAUUGCAGCCAUUGCUAAAAGAAGAAAGCUACUGGAUGAUGAUUUGAUUCUCUCUUUGGCUGACACUUCCUGGGAAAUUCUAGACGUUAGCGGUUCAGAUGUUUCGGAUUCUGGUUUGGCUAAAGUGGCGGAAAUGUGCAAAUCUCUCCGAGCUGUGGACAUUAGCCGGUGCAACAGAAUCACAUCCAUGGGCAUCACAGAGCUUGUACAACACUGCCGAUCAUUGGAGACUCUAAGAUGCGGUAAUGUUGAAGGAGAAACAUGGGAAGAACUAGACAUUACAGAGAUUGGUCAUGGUGGUCAAUCUUUGCGUUGGCUUGUUUGGCCACGAAUUGAUAAGGACUCAUUGGAGAUGCUAUCCAUGGAGUGCCCAAGGAUAGUGGUUAAUCCAAAGCCCUCACUUCUCACUUACAGUCUACACGAGGCUCCUCGAGAAGCAUUACCAGAUGUUGCAUUAGAUGAGCCAUUUGUGAAAGAGAUUGAUCCUAAGACGUGGGCUGUUAGAGGACUCGUGCAGAAUCCCACAUCCUCCUCAUUAUCCAUGACCUCCAGUGAGCUGCCGAUAGCAGAGAAGUUCAGACUAGCGUUUGCAGAGAGAGAUGCACGAUUGGCCCCUAAACGAGCGAAGAAUGCAAGGCAGCAUCAACGUCGUGCUGAGAGGGAAUGGAUGAGGUCAAGUGACGAAGCCAAAGCAAUGGUUUUCGCAUCAAAGGCCACCAGAUCUUUGCACAAGAGU